AUGGAAUCUGUAGACCAUAAGGUAGAGUCUAUGCUUAGUGUUGUAUCUCUCUCAGUUCCACCUUUUUGGGAUAUGGAUCCUGUUUUGUGGUUCGCUCUUCUUGAGGCCGAGUUCUAUAACCACAAAAUCACUUCCGACUACGCGAAGUAUUGCAAGCUCCUGUCCUAUCUCCCCAAGGAGAUAUCAACGCAGGUUCGUGACGUCAUCAUUUCUCAGACCGAAACCCGCUAUGAGGCUCUCAAGGAAGCCACGAUUAAGCGUGUUAUGCCCUCUGAGAAAGUUCGCCUGCAGCAGCUUUUCAGGGAUCUGCAAUUGGGCGACAAACUGCCCUCAACCCUGCUACGGGAGAUGCAGCAACUCCUUGGUUCCUCAACCAUGGAUAAGACUUUACUUCGCGAACUAUGGCUACAGCGGCUACCGGAAAACACGCAAGCGAUUCUCGCUACAGUGAGCUCCGUUUCGCUCACUCAACUAGCAGACUUAGCCGAUCGAGUUAUUGAACGAGCACAGCCACAAGCCAACGCCAGCAAGAUGAAUGCCGUCGCGUCCCAGGGCACUUCUAUCACUGGCUUACUGUCAACUAUAGAAGCCCUGCAAACACAAGUCGCGACACUUAGUCGCCAGGUCCAGCAGCUUACUAUGGACCGUCGUCGUCAUAGCCGCUCAAAAUCGCCCUGCAAACGUUCUAAGUCUAGAAACAGGCAGGCUAGCUGUUGGUACCACCAGCGUUUUGGUACCGCAGCUCGUAAAUGCGUCAAGCCUUGCAACUACGCCGAGCAGCAGGGAAACUGCUCGGCCGGUCGGGAUUUAACUUCCGGCAUCGAGUUUCUAGUCGACACUGGUGCCGAAGUUAGCGUCAUACCCCGUAGCUCAGAUGAGGUCGUCUCGCCAUCGCCGACCAAGCUGCGUGCCGCCAAUGGCACACCAAUCGCAACUUUCGGCGAAAAGCUGUUAACGCUCAAUUUAGGCCUCCGGCGAACCUUUCGCUGGCCUUUCAUAAUCGCUGCUGUGCCUUUCGCCAUCAUAGGCAUAGACUUUCUUCAACGCUUCGACCUCAUCGUCGACGCUAAACGGAAGAAGCUUAUCGAUUCUAGGACACAGCUCAGUGUUAUCGGGACUAGCGCCAACGUGGCUGCUAUCACUCCCAUUCGUGUCCUACCUCAAGCUUCACAGCCUUUUCUAGAACUUUUCACUAAGCACUCUAACCUCGUUCGCGUCCUGAACGACUUGCCUCCUGUGACGUCGAACGUCAUGCAUCACAUUUGCACUAAGGGCCCACCUGUUUCGGCCCGUCCUCGCCGACUAGCCCCGGACAAGCUCAAAGCUGCUAAGGCGGAAUUCGAGCAAAUGCUCGAACUGGGAAUCAUCCGCCCGUCCAAAAGUCCAUGGGCAUCACCAUUACACAUGGUGCCUAAGAAAUCCGGUGACUGGCGCCCUUGUGGUGACUACAGGGCACUUAACAAAGUUACCGUCCCGGAUAAAUACCCUAUCCCGCACAUGCACGACUUGACCUCAGCUCUAGCUGGCAAGUCUAUCUUCAGCAAAGUCGACUUAGUUCGCGCCUACCAUCAGAUACCUGUGGCGCCAGAUGACAUUGCUAAAACCGCAGUAAUCACGCCAUUCGGCCUAUUCGAGUACCUCAGAAUGCCUUUCGGCCUCAGCAACGCUGCUCAAACUUUUCAGCGUUUCAUUCAUGAGGUAACGCGAGGACUCGAAGGCGUUUACCCUUAUUUAGAUGACAUACUCAUCGCCAGCUCUUCUGACGAGGAGCAUCUUCGUCACCUCGACGCUCUCUUCCAGCGCUUAACACAGCAUGGGGUUACCGUCAACCCCGAUAAAUGCGAGCUUGGCCAAAGCUCCAUCGACUUUCUUGGCCACCGCAUAUCUGCAUCUGGUAUCGAAGCCCUGCCAGACAAAAUUCAGGCACUGAAGGACUAUCCUGCUCCCAGUUCCUUCAAGCAGUUACGCCGAUUCCUUGGCCUGGUCAACUAUUACAGACGCUUUAUACCUAACUGCGCGAGCAUUGUUCAACCAAUGACUGACUUGCUCCGCAGUAAACAACGGUCUUUUCAUUUUACAGACGACGCUAAAUUGUCUUUCGAGAAGCUUAAAGACGCUAUCUCCAACAUAGCGCUUCUCGCCCAUCCAGACACGUCUGCAUCACUCUCUCUGACAACUGACGCAUCAGACACUGCCGUCGGUGCAGUUCUUCAGCAACUCAUCGACCAUCGAUGGAUACCUCUAGGUUUCUUCUCGAAACGUCUACAACCUGCCGAAUCGCGUUACAGCACCUUCGGUAGGGAACUGUUAGCUAUCUACCUAGGUAUCCGACAUUUCCGUCAUUAUCUCGAAGGUCGACAUUUCACUGUCUUCACCGACCACAAGCCAUUGAUCUACGCAAUCAAUGGCGCAACGGACAAGUACUCGCCGCGGGAAACUAGACACCUAGACUACGUUUCUCAGUUUACGACAGACGUACGUCAUGUCUCAGGUGCUCUCAAUCCCGUCGCGGAUGCGCUUUCACGCAUUCAGCAGAUCAGCUUAUCGCCUGGCACAAACAUUGAUCUAGCCGCCAUGGCUGCUGCCCAACAAGCUGAUCCCGACAUAAGCAAGCCACGACGCAACACCACUGAGACGAUCACCAUUGAUCGACUCAAGCCAGCAUUCUUCGACAAGUCUGACUCGCCGGUGCAACAAGCACCUUCACAGCCUGUGCCAUCACAGCUGGCACCGCAACCUCAGACGAGUCAGUCCGGUCCAGCAGAUCCGACAACCCCAACCGACAGCACCCCUACUCUCAAUCGACGCGGUAGGAAGCUCAAACCUAAGGUUCGUUUUUCGGACUUCGUUCGCACUUACUAUUUUACAUAG